AUGCAUUUCGCACCGCAUCGUCAUGAGCUGUCACCGCGAUUCAGAGCCAGAUGGGAAUGGCUCGAGAGUAUCUACCGGUUACGGAGUCGAUCUCCCAGCUUAAGGAUGUCGGUCGCCAAGAGGUCAGCCGCGACUGAUGUACAUUUCAGUAGCAUGAUCUACACCCUGUGGAAGAGCCUCCGAGCCCUGCGACUGCUGUCUUAUCCAAUGGGAGCAGCAGAUUAUGCCUGCAUUGAGAUCCUGCCUGCCUGUUGUCCGAGUGCCAACGUGGGAAAGUGGUGCGUCGUCGGGUUGGUUGAGGUGAACACCACGGAACUGUCGGGCCCUCGAGCUACUGACGUUAGGUAUUAUUGUGAGCGAGAUAGAUUUUCGCUUCCUCUCCUGACCUUCUGGAACGGCAACGGCAGCAACAUCUCUGGCAUGGACACGAUUUCCGCUGAUGGCAAGGAGAAGACGCUUCGCGCCCAUACGGUCGAGCUUAUUCUACGGCCUGCCUUGCACCAAAAGUGGACUAGAACACCACAAUCCUUGUCAGUCGUUGCUAUACAUAGCUUGGUAUACACACUCACCAACCGCGAGCUGAUCUGGACUGAGAACAUUAAUAUUCUCCUUCGGAGCCUCCUUCGGCACAGAGCUGCUUCAGAGAUGUAA